AAAAAUCCUUGCGCUGACCUUUGGGGCCGUGGGGGCCGAAGAAACGUGCGUGCCAGUGCAAGCCAGAAAGCGGAAGGUGUGUGUGCAUGGGGGGCCGGCGGUGGGGGGACCCUCUGCUGCCACUUUGCCUAACGCUGUGCUGAAGCCGCCCCCUGGGGACCCCGGGGCUGCGAUGAGCCCCUGCGGGCGGGCCCGGCGACACACGUCCAGAGGGGCCAUGGCAGUACUGGCGUGGAAGUUCCCGAGGACCCGGCUGCCGGUGGGAGCCAGUGCCCUUUGCGUCGUGGUCCUCUGUUGGCUCUACGUCUUCCCAGUCUACCGACUGCCCAACGAGAAGGAGAUCGUACAAGGGGUGCUGCAACAGGGCACGGCGUGGAGAAGGAACCAGACAGCAGCGAGAGUCUUCAGGAAACAGAUGGAAGACUGCUGUGACCCCGCCCAUCUCUUUGCUAUGACUAAAAUGAAUUCCCCCAUGGGGAAGAGCAUGUGGUAUGAUGGGGAGUUUUUAUACUCAUUCACCAUUGACAAUUCAACUUAUUCUCUCUUCCCCCAGGCAACCCCAUUCCAGCUGCCCUUGAAGAAAUGCGCGGUGGUGGGAAAUGGUGGGAUUCUGAAGAAGAGUGGCUGUGGCCGUCAAAUAGAUGAAGCAAAUUUUGUCAUGCGAUGCAAUCUUCCUCCUUUGUCAAGUGAAUACACUAAAGAUGUUGGAUCCAAAAGUCAUUUAGUGACAGCUAACCCCAGCAUAAUUCGGCAAAGGUUUCAGAAUCUGCUGUGGUCCAGGAAGACAUUUGUGGACAACAUGAAAAUCUAUAACCACAGUUACAUCUACAUGCCUGCUUUUUCUAUGAAAACAGGAACAGAGCCAUCCCUCCGGGUUUAUUAUACACUGUCAGAUGUUGGUGCCAAUCAAACAGUGCUCUUUGCCAACCCCAACUUUCUGCGUAGCAUUGGAAAGUUCUGGAAGAGUAGGGGAAUCCAUGCCAAGCGCCUGUCCACAGGACUUUUUUUGGUGAGUGCAGCUCUGGGCCUCUGUGAAGAGGUAGCCAUCUAUGGUUUCUGGCCCUUCUCUGUGAAUAUGCAUGAACAGCCCAUCAGCCACCACUACUAUGAUAAUGUCUUGCCCUUUUCUGGCUUCCAUGCCAUGCCAGAGGAAUUUCUCCAGCUCUGGUAUCUUCAUAAAAUUGGUGCACUGAGAAUGCAGCUAGACCCAUGUGAAGACACUCCACUCCAGCCCACUUCCUAGGGACCAUGGGAAAAGAAAGAACUGAGCCAGGGUAUUUUUGUUAGAUUUUUUACAUGACUCCAAAAGGAAAUGGUCAAGUCGUUUCAUGGAUUCACAUGGGCCACUUGGAAAAACAAAACAAAACAAAACAACUACAAACCCCCGAGAGAAACUCUACUUUGAUGAUGGCUUGGACAACAAACAAGAAAUGAAAAUCCUAUGAAAUAUUUUGUAGCAGAUUGUGGAUUUGCAACUAGUAACACGCUGAUGGAGUAUGGAGUAAUGUUGGUGAAACACAUUUACAUGGUUCUGAUCUAGAAGGUGCAGUUCACAAACAAAACAGAACUCUAGCUGCUGAGGCUGAGGAAUUAAUCAAGGUAGAGUAAAGGAAAUGCCAGGGCAAAGUGUUACUGAUUAUCAACACAAUCUGGCUUAAAAAAACCUAUCGUAUAUUAUAGAACAUAGGUUUUUAAAAAAUUAAUAUUUAUUUUUGCCCUAUUGAGGGGCAGUGAGUGGGUGAUGAGGUAGAUUAAAAAAAAACCUUACUGAGUAAUAAAGAUACGAAACACUACAGCUAAUUAUUGUGAUUUGUUGAAUCAAGUCUAUGUUAACUUUAGUCUCCUUCCAUUUAAAAAAUGUUAAAUAAGAAUUGCUUCCUCUCCUUUUGUCAAAUCUACUUAGACAAUGUGAAUGAAGCAUUGUAGAAUUUAGACUGUGUUGGUUCAUAGUCUGGAUAAUGUGAGAUACUUUCUCUUCUCAGAAUUGAGGGCAUAAACUCCAUUUUAGGCCUGCAUUAUUUAAGCCUAUUUGUAUUAUUAUGUUAUUUCAGUGCAAAAAGGCUGC